AUUCAGGAAGCCGUAAAACACUUUGGAGGAAUUGAUGUUCUUAUGAUCAAUGCUGGAAUCAAUCCUUACGUUGGCAAUAUGAGUGAUUGCCCUGAAAGUGCCUGGGAUAAAGCUUUUGAUGUUAAUGUUAAAGGACCUUUCCUAUUGACUAAGGAAGUCAUUCCUUUAAUGAAGAAACGAGGUGGAGGUAGUAUGCUUUUCAUGUCUACGGUGGCAGUAUACAAGGAUGCAGUCGGUCUUGGUCUAUAUGCUUCUUCUAAGAUCUCUUUAUUACGCCUAACUAAACAUCUGGCAAUGGAAUUGGCGCAAGAUAAUAUCAGAGUAAAUUGUGUGGCUCCAGGACCAAUAGAUACAACAUUUAUAAGUGAAUACUCUAAAACAGAGUUCUUCAAACGAAGCAUUGUAAAUGAUGUACCCAUGCAGAGAAUGGGUCGCACUGAGGAAGUAGCAGGGACUGCAGCAUUCCUCCUAUCAGAUGAUGCUAACUAUAUUACUGGAGAAACAAUUCCAAUUGCAGGAGGAUUACAGACUCGUCUUUAA